AGCGCUGGGAGGAUGGAGGGGCCGCACGCCCCCUGAUGACCGACAUUCCUCUUGUUCAUUUUCCUGCUCAUCAGAAGAGCCCAAGGAGCCACGGCAAACGGAACGAAAAGCAAGCGGCUCCGUCAGUGCCCACUUGCCAAGCAUCUUCCUAGACCAGGUGCGGCCGACACGUCCCAAUCCGCGGCUUAGCCACCAGCCAGCCGUCCACUCUCCGCGAGCCGCAAUCAAAACAACAAGAAGAUGAGGUUGACAAUCGCGCUCUUUCUCUCCCUGCUCCUCGCCUCCGCUUCCGCCAGAUCAGUGAUCCAAUCGAGACAAGAUGCUGAGGCAACAACCGAUGUCAUCGAGGCCGUCGAGGCUGCUGUCGCCGAAGUGGCGUCGACCGCGGCACCAGUGGCCGAGGUGACCUCCGCUGCCGUCGCUGAAGUGACCCCGGCUGCCGUGGAGAACGAAGUACUCAACACGACGGACCGCUUCUGCAAGUGCACCAAGCUCGAGUGCAACUGUUGCCGCAAUUUUGCCCUCCCCAUCCUGCCCAUCAGCAGCAAGGGUUGCGCGUCCCUAAAGUACGAGAAAGGUGAUAAAUUGUCUCUCAACAUGAAGCUCGGAGAUAACGUCAUUGUGCGAACCAUGACCAUCGAUGAGAAGAAACCACGUCGCGCGUGUUUGGACAUGCCGGGCGGUUUCAGCCAGUUCUGCGGCCGCGUGUACGGGAUCGCCCGCGAAGGCGAUGAUUUCCGGGCUUGCCUUGGUCUAGAGCUGCGCGCCGUGCUCGACCUGGAAGCCUCACUCAGAGUGUCGUGUUUCAAGUUCAGCGAGCGCGGCGUGAGUCUGACCGCCGCGCCACCCCUGCCCGCUUCCACGGGCGACGAAGAUGACGAUGAUGAUGAUGACGAUGAUGGUGGCUUCUUUGGCGACCUUUUCGGCGACGACGCCGGUGACGACGAUGACGAGAUUGAGUUCCGUCGCCGCGCUAACAACAAGGGAAAGCAGGGCACUUCCGAGGAGGGCGCCGUCACUGAGGAGGAGGACGAUGAUGACGAUGAAGAUGAGGACGCCGAGGACGAUGAUGAGGAGGAUGACGACGAUGACAUCGAGAUUGAAUACGGUGAUGACGAGGAAAACGACGUUGCAGAGGGCGAGGAGACCGACGAGGACGAGGAGGAGGGCGGUGGUCUGUUCGGCUUCCUCUCCGACCUGUUUGGAGAUGAUUCUGACGAGGAGCUCGAGGCCGCCGCCGCCGACACGUCUGACGCCAACACGUCUGACGUCACUGCGUCCGAGGAGGCUGAGCAAACACCAGUCAAGAAGAAGAAGCCAGCCAAGGAUGCCGAGGAGCCCGCCAAGCCUGUCAAGCCUGCUAAACCGGCUGUUGAACCCGCCAAACCUUCCAAACCCGCUAAGCCCGCCAGCACCACUGAGGCGACCGUCUCCGUCUCCACCACAACCACCUCCAAGCCUGAAAGAGUACCGGAUCCCGUGAAGGAGUCUUCCGAGGAGGAGGAGGAUGAUGAUGACGACGAUGAGGAGGACGACGAAGAGGAAAAGGACGAUGAUGAGGACGAUGAGGAAGAUGAUGAGGAGGAAAAGGAUGACGAGGAUGAGAAGGAUGAGGAUGACGAAGAGGAGGAAAACGCCACUGAGGAGCCAGGUAGCUUUAGCAGCGAGCUAGAAGCCGCCAUCAACGAAGUCGUCCAAGAGGUGGAGAGCAUCGGCGAGCUGGAGGUGGCUGACAUCGAUGACGGUGACGACAAGAAGAAGGUAACGACUGCGAAGCCGGACACGACCAAGGCGCCGGUGAGCAACACAACCACCGAGGACGACUCGUCUGACAUCAUCGACGAGAUGGAGAAGUUUGUCGACGAGGUGGGUGAGGUCAGUCUGGACGAUGACGAUGAGGACGACGACAACAGCAGCAGCUCGAAGCCCGUCAAGGAGGAAGAGCAGUCCAAGGACAAGGUGAUGGCGGCCAAGCCCACCGCGUCCGUCAUCGUGAAACGCAGAAACACGAGGGCCACGGGCUUGUAACCCUGCCGCCACGCAACUUAAUUUAUUAAUAAUUUAUUUAUUUAUUUAUUUAAUUUAUUUCUCCGUGCCCGCACAUACCAUCGGCUAUACUCGAAAAUGAAAGAAACACCGCAUUUGCUCAAUGUAAAUAUAAUUGUUAAGGAAAAGUGUUUUUGUUGAAUUUCUAUCGCAAGCGAAACGAUUGAUUAUUUAUUGUAUGUAAUACACGCUCUCCGCUCAUUAAUCGAUAAUAGACUGAGGUUUAUUGCCCAUUUUACCAUGUCAGCACAACAAUGAAUGUUUGAUAUAAAUUUUGGAAAAUCCACGGUCGGGCAGCGUCUGAAAUUUUCACCAAAUAAAAAAGACGGAGGUGUCACCAUGUCACUCGCGCGAUACUCUAUUUAUUGCCAUAAUAAUGAUAAAUAAAGUCUAGAAAGCUUAAGAAUCAA